GUCACAUGUCCCUUAGCGUGAUGGGAAGUAGCUGCUGCCUGCUGGAAUGGCAGAUACACCUCAGGCCGUGUGGGAAUGUUUACGGGAAUUCUCUGGGGAAGUGAGGGAGCUCCAGGGCGCACAUUCUGUUACUUACCUAAACAAGCCUCCAUCUCCCUUGACGUUUUAUCGGGAUUGGAUCUCUUCAAACAGACCCUGCAUUAUACGCAAUGCCAUCACCCACUGGCCAGCCCUGCAAAAAUGGACGUUCGAUUAUCUUCGGUCAUGUGUAGGGUACAAGAAUGUGAGUGUUGCGGUGACUCCAAAUGGCUAUGCAGAUGCUGUGUACAAUGGCAAGUUUGUGAUGCCUGAAGAGAGAAACAUGCUUUUCGCAGAUGUCCUGGACAUUGUGGAGAAGAAAAAGAAACCCCCAGGUGUAUACUACAUCCAGAAGCAAUGCUCUAAUCUCACAGAGGAGUUCCAAGAGCUUAUUGGGGAUGUGGAGAGUCACAUACAUUGGAUGAGUGAAGCCUUAGGAAAAAGGCCAGAUGCUGUUAAUUUCUGGCUGGGCGAGUCAGCAGCAGUGACUUCAUUACAUAAAGAUCAUUAUGAGAAUCUGUACUGUGUGGUUUCGGGAGAGAAACAUUUUAUUUUGCACCCACCAAGUGAUCGGCCUUUUAUUCCAUAUGAAAUGUAUCAGCCUGCCACAUACCAGGUUCAUGAAGAUGGGUCAUUUAAAGUGAUGGAUGAAGAAUCAGCAGAAAAGGUCCCCUGGAUACCACUUGACCCACUGGAGCCAGACUUGAGUAUGUACCCAGAGUAUGCGCAGACAAAACCUUUGCAUUGCACAGUGAGAGCAGGGGAAAUGCUUUAUCUUCCAUCUCUUUGGUUCCACCACGUCCGUCAGUCUCAUGGAUGUAUUGCAGUGAACUACUGGUAUGAUAUGGAAUAUGACAUGAGAUACCACUACUUUCAACUUCUUGAUUCUCUCACCAAAGCCAUAGAACAUGUAUGAGUUGAUAAACAACAGAAACAUCUGGAAUCUGCUGCUCUACAGAGGCCUCCUUUGCUGCUAAAUCUUGUGAUAUGAAAAGACUUGACUUUGCUACUGAUUAGGUAGCAACAAUUAUGGCUUACAAUUGUGUAUACUGAAAAUGUUGUAUAAUAAAAGGUGCAAGUAAAAUGCAAGCAAACUAUGUAUAGAGUGGAGAAACCUUGUGCAUGGAGUUGUUUAGUGCUCUGUCAAGUUAUGCUCUGAUCUCCAAGCUACUGUAUCAACAAAGACUGAGCUAACUAAGGCUUGAAUAAGAAAGAUAAUAUGUGUAGCUUGUACCAUGCAUUUUAAAUUAAAUGGAAGUCAUUCAAGUUUGCAUAUUUAUUGAUAUGUUAUCUACAGCACACAUUUAAAGGUAAUGUUUUGUUUAAAGUAUCUCUCCCACACUUCUCAGAAAUCACUUGUAUCCUCAUGCCUUUCCUUACUCCUCAGCAGCAUUUCCACGUUCAUAACCUCAGCAAAAGUAAAAUCCUGCUUGGGAGACACCUAGACUUGCUGGUCCCAAAUAGGACACAGCUGGUGAGCCAGUUAGCAGCAGUUACAAGACCAUGCCAAGCACUGGUUUUAAAUAGUUGGGGUCAGUAGUGCAAAACUGGCAUGUUCUAACAAAUCAGAGUAUGUCAUUUUUGCACUACAAUAUCCCUUAAUUUAUACUAUAUUUUGCACAACUACUUCACUAUGUGUUGAUGGCUGCUAUGACAAAUACAAUUAAUUUGUUAUUGUUAUGCUUAGCUAACAAACUGUUUGUGACAUUUUACUUUAAAGGUACAUUAAACUCAAUAUACAAAAUGCA